CCUUUCUUUCCAUCUUACAAAAUAGAGCACUCUCAUUAGUCAUUACCAGGUAAUUGGUGACAACAUACAACAGAAGUAGAGAGAUAAACCCUAAUUACUGAUUCAACCCUCUUUUUCUUUCUCUUUCGAUUGAAAUCAAUGGCUUCAAGAGUAGUUAUCCCUCAAUUACACCAUAGAGUUGAAGGUAAAGGUGGAAUUAAACAAAAAGAUGUAGCAGAAGGAAAGGGAAGAAACAGGAAAGCUCUAAAUGAUAUUGGGAAUCUAGUAACAAUUCCAGAUGUUGAAGGCAAGGUGCAACGACCCAUCACAAGGAGUUUUGGUGCAAAAUUACUUGCAAAUGCACAGGAGAAGCAGGCGGCGCAAGGGGUGGCGAGAAAGGCAGUGGCAGUGGCAAAGCCACAGGUAAAGAAGCCGGUCCUAACGAAACCGAAACCAGUGGAAGUGAUUGAGGAGGUGAAACAGGAGAGACAAGAGAAGGUGGUGUCUCAGAAUGAAAAAUCAGGUGCUUCUAAGAAGAAUAAAAAGAAGGCUCCUACUAUGACUGCUCUACUCACUGCUAGGAGCAAGGCUGCUUGUGGUCUGUCUAACAAGCCAAAGGAAGCAGUAGUUGACAUUGAUGCUUCUGAUGUUAAUAACGAGUUAGCUGUGGUUGAGUAUGUUGAAGAUAUCUACAUGUUCUAUAAGCUAGCAGAGAAUGAGUGCAGGCCUCGUGACUACAUGAACUCGCAACCUGAAAUUAAUGAGAAAAUGAGGGCUAUCCUAGUUGAUUGGUUGAUUGAAGUACACAAGAGAUUUGAUCUUAUGCCAGAGACCCUUUAUCUAACCAUUAAUUUGGUUGAUCGAUUUCUUUCGCUGCAAGCCGUCCCAAGGAGAGAACUGCAGCUUGUUGGCCUUGGUGCAAUGUUAAUUGCUUGCAAGUAUGAGGAAAUCUGGGCUCCUGAGGUUAAUGACUUUGUAGCCAUAUCAGAUAAGGCUUACAGCAAUGAUCAGGUUCUGAAGAUGGAGAAGGCCAUCCUAGGCAAGCUUGAAUGGUAUAUAACUGUUCCUACACCUUGCGUUUUCCUCUCGCGCUACAUCAAGGCUUCGGGUCAUGAUAAUGAAAUGGAGAACUUGGUUAAUUUUCUAGCUGAGCUUGCUCUAAUGCAUUAUGGAUGCAUAUCCUUUUGUCCAUCCAUGGUUGCUGCCUCGGCAGUCUACGUUGCUCGCCACACUUUGUUCAAGACACCUGUUUGGACCGAGACACUCGAGAGUCAUACCGGGUUCUCAGAGUCACAACUCAUAGAAUGUGCAAAGAUGCUGGUGAAUCUGCAAUCAGUAGCUCCAGGACAUAAGUUGCAGACUGUGUACAAGAAAUACUCUAAGCCUGAAAAGUGUGCUGUGGCUUUGUGUUCACCACCCAAGUCUCUCUUGGCUUCAACAUAGUAGUUUGUUGAUUGGCUAUGAAUUUUCUAAUUGUAGUUUGUCAUUGCUGAUGACAACUUAGAAUUUUAACAACUUCCAAUUUUUUAUAUAUGUUGAUGAAAGUGUGUAACUCAUAAAUCGAUUUAUAAUAAGAUAUCUGGUUCAAUUUGGUUAUUA